AUGUCUUCGAGCUACCCCAUGGCCAUCGGUACGACUGCUUCUGGUUCCCAGAUUGACAUCGUUUGUUCCAUCAAGGUUUUCGACAUUGAGCAUUCAGCACACCUCAUGAUAGGAAGGGACGGGACUUCUUUUCUGCUUGAAGGUUUACUGAGUGAUGAGUUUCACUCCUUCACUGUUUGGGGUGGCGUUUUGAAACAGCAAUAUCCCAUUCCUGUGAUUGUUUCUACACGUGACACUAUUAUCAUGGGCCACCGACGACCUUCAUGGGACUCAUUGUUGUCCGUGGUGGACCUUUGCUCAGGGUUCGGAGGUUUGGCACAAGGUGCAGUGGCAUCUGGUUUCACAGUGCAAGUUGCCGUGGACCAGAACCAACGGAUGUUGGAUCUCUACUCCAAGGUUGGAGAGGCCCAUUUGAUCUGUGGGGACGUGGGAGACAGAAAUGUUGUGAGUGAGAUUUGGCGCCAUUCCAGUGGUGCUGCAACCGUUACCUCGGGAUUCAGUUGCCAGCCCUUUUCCACUUUGGGCGAUUGCAAAAGCCAUGAGGACGACAGGAAGUCGGGUUUUUCACAUGCUCGUUUGGCCAGCAAGGGACUCCAUGGAUGUCUCACUCGCAGUGCUCAAUUUCCAGAUGGAUCGUCCGUCAUUCGACACCUGCACCCAAAUGAAGUGAUGUGUUUAAACACGUUUGAUCCUGUGAUUGAUUUUGGAACCGACGUUCGUCUCACCCUUUCGGCAGUCGGCCAGAUUGCUUGUCCGUUGCAGGCAUUAUGGGUCUUCGGUGCCAUAUUGGAAAGACUUGAUGUCAUGAGAAAUUUUCCUUCAUUUGACUCAAACACCCAAAUCCAGGCUUACAGGUCAUGGCUCCUCAUGAGAUGCAGACAGGUGUGGCCAACGGAUGCAUGUUUGAUUCAAGAUCAGAAACUUUGCGACAUGAUGAUGUUUUGGAAGGAACUUCAACACCUUUCGCUCCUUGAACUGGUCUUUCCACUUAGAUGGGAGGGGAAAAUUGAUGGCACUGUCAGUAUUGCUUCCAUUCUGGACUAUUUGAUCCGAACCCAUAUGGGAGUCAAACCCACGGUGGUUGAAAUUGAUGGCAAGUCUGAAGAAGAGGAAAUUCCAGUCUUUGACUUUCCUGCCAUUGUUGAUGACCCCAACACAGUUGGUUGCAUGUGCGCCGACUCAUGCACGGUGGUAUUCAAGGGCAGUGCUGACCCGCCAAUCCGGUUUCAACUCAAGUGUGGCUCAACAGUUGAGCAGUUCUUGCAAGCCCAAUUUGGUCUCACUGAGCAUGUGGAUAUUGAUUACAUUUCCCUGAAUGGUAAGUGUAUCAACCGUGAUCAUGUGCUUGAGGUGGGUCAAUUGAUCGUCAUUCAUGUGAGUGAGAAUGUUCCCCCAAGAGCCACCCAUGAGAUUGCUUUCUCUCCAACUGCGAUUUGGUCUCAGCCGGCAAUUGAAACACCCAUUGCUUCUGUACCGCAGAAAGUUUCAAAAUUUGAUGUGGGUGAGUGUGUCACACCAACCAUGGUUCUGCCUGAUGAUCAAACUUGGCUCGACGCGUCUGCCUUGCAAGGCCUUACGGGUGACCAAUUCCUGAAACUGCAGGUUCCAUGCGUGUUGAACGCACAACAGCUUUGGUCGCUGCGUCACCAAUUCCUGCGCACAUCCGACAGAAUUGCCAUCCUUGAGAGCCAGAUGCAAUUUUGGGCCGACGAUGAAAUCAGGUUUCACUUGAAUGCCACAGUACAAGCAUGCCAGGAUGCCCGUGUCAAGGCUGGAGGUACCUUCCCUGAGAUUUGUAUGAUUGACCCCCUGGUUUUCUCUGCGUGGGUUCAGAACAAGGGAUUUGAUGUUGCUUUGUGGGCAAGAGAUCAUCCUGAAAUCUCUACCAAAGGGGUGCCUAUUGUAACGGUUGUCCUCCUGGAUGGUCAUUGGGUACCACUGUUCAUGUCCCCGGUGAAAGGAGUCCUCAACGUCCAUACCUGGGACGGAAUGAAUGCCUCACAUGAUGGUCUUGAGGGGGUUAUCACUGCCCUUUCCGAUGCUUUGGGUUUCCAAGAAGCAAUGAUCUUACGUGAGCACCGAUUGUUCUUCACUACUGAGCUCUGUGGGGCUUUGGCCAUUGCUUUCAUUCGGCACGUGCUGAUUGGGACGCAACUUCCGAGUGACUGCACCGAUGCAACAGUCAUCCAUGCGCGAUUGAAAGAGGCAUAUACCAAAGAACUUGUAAGAUGCCAAAUUGCCCGUCGCCCAUGGAUCUGGGGUGCGGGCGACAAAACCGCAGGAACCCGAGUCGCAGCUAAUGAUCUGCAACUGGCGGUGAAUAUCACACGUGAUCAAAGAAUUGAUUUGAUUAAUGAAAAGGGUUUCGCCAUGGGUGAUGAUGAAGUCAGGUUUCACCUUUUGAACCUUGUGGAUAACCAGCCAAAUGCUUCUCUGCCUAUUCAUGAAAGGAAAUUUGUUUCCAUGGAACCCCUGGUCUUCAGUUGCUGGGAUUCUAUCGGGCAUAUCAUUGCGAGCCAGUGGUGCUUGAAGAACCCACAGAUCUUUGCACAUGGACAGAAUGUGGUCACUGCUGUUGCGGUUGAUGAUCAUUGGUUACCCUUGUGGAUGGUCCCUGACGGGCAAACCCUCCAGGUUCACACAUUCCAAUCAGACGUUGACUUCACUCCGGUUGAAGCCAUCAUUUCCACAUUGGCCGAAAAGCUGGGCUUUAGUGCUCAUGUCAUCCACAGGAUCCCACAAGGACUGCCGGAGCAUAUGAUGUGUGGGGCCCAGGCCUUGACCUUCAUUGCACAUGUGAUCGUCCACAUGCCCCUGCCUGAAGAUUUGCAAGAACUGAGGAAGACCAAGCUGCUCUUGACCAACGACGACAAGAUAGGAGAUUCUGCGCACUGCCAUACUUUGGGGGAUUUUGCAAAUGAUGACCAAGUUGCGGGCUUCACGCAUGUGUCGAUUCAUGCAUCCGUGCAUGGCUGCACCUUCACUAUGUUGGGGAAGGGUCUCCCAAAGCUGAUGCCCUUACCGAGCGCUGGGGUUUUGGUCCUCAAGGUCAUUGAAGGCACGUUUCACUGUGCAGGUAAACCCAUUCCCCAAUUGAACAUGAAACAAAUUGGACCUGUGAGCAGCGGUUUCAUCCUUACUUCACUUCAUGAUGCUGAGCCCUACCUCAGAGCCGGAACCAUUGUGUCUCGUGAACCACUUGCACUUUUGAUCCUGCAGAAGGCAGGUACUGAUGUCCAGACUGUGCUUCCGCACACGCCAGUCACUGUCCCAUGCCGAUGCACGGUCAACAGCGAACCCGUUUUAGCUGAUGUCCUCGUUGUACAGCUUGGAACUGGUAUUGUUGAGAAGGCCAGUGGUAAUGCCAUGGUUACGGUUGAGACCCCUGAAGUUGCCACCCUCAAAAUCAUGGUUUACAAGGAUGAACUGCAAGGUGAUUGGGACGACUUCUGUGCAGCUCCCAUUCGAUGUUUAGUCUCACUCUUGCCGAAACUUAAGAGAUGUUUCACCACAAACUGCCAGUGUCAGGCAUGGCACAAUACCGAAAACCUCCCACUGCGAGAUCCAAUCCUUGAUGUGUGGCGCCGCCAAUUUCUCCGGACUGGGUUCAAGCCGUGCCCGGCAUCCAAAGCUGAAAUCUUCUCGGUGUGCCUUAGGAUUCCUAUGUGCAUUUUGGAAGCCCUGCUUGCAGCCAGUGGCACUUCAGGAGCCUAUUGUGAACCAAGGACUGCUGACGGCAAAGAGAUCUUGGGAGAUUACACGGUGGUGUGGACCCAGAAGCAUACACCACAGGAGAUGCAACAUCUCAUGCAAACCAAUCCAGCAGUGACAGGAUUGGCACGCUUAGGUGAACGCCGGGGGUUGAGAGUGCAUGUGAACCAGGCAAAAGCACUUCACCAGCAGGUCCGACCAGACACAGUGUUCCUUCCGAAUGGUCCUAAGAACUUGUAUACUGUUGGCCCGUUUCCCUAUGGAGCGGAUAGACAGGCGGUAGCCAAAACCCUGCAGCAAGCUGGCUGGGAAAGCCGGCCACUCCAGCCAACGGCCCCUUGCCCGGGCCGUGGUACCAUGUGGUCAGUGCAAGCAACGGAUGAUCCAGAGCAUCCAAUUGUGGUCACCACUUGUGGUGAAAUUGUCAUCACACGUCAAAAGCCGGAACAGCAAUUGCCAGCCAGAAGUCCCACUACAGUUGGUUCCGCGGCCACUUUGGCCCUGUGCGGUGCUGACAAAGCCUCCAAGCCGGACCAGGAUCCAUGGGCCACCAAUGAUCCCUGGAAGCAGUAUCACCCUGCAGGUAAUGCCAUUGCCACUGGACCAAAUGAAGGUCUACAACAGAUUGAGGAACGUAUCCAAUCGGCUGUUCUCUCCAAGUUGCAACCUCCGAUGGAAGAUGACUUGCCAGAUCGAGUCCACGCACUGGAGGGCCAAGUGCACCAAUUACUUGCAAAACAGCAAGGGCUUGAAUCACAGUUUCACGAUUUCAGUGGGCAACACUCCCAGCAGAUCAAUGCCUUACAGAACCAAGUCACGGCACAAGCACAGCAGUUGCACGGACACCUUGAAAGCCAGAACCAGAACAUGCAAUCAUUGUUCGAGCAACAGAUGCAGCAGAUAAGUGAUUGGAAUUGUGAGAUGGGAGCACUGCCAGUUUUUGACGUGUUGGAAGCAGCAGGUUUUAAAGAUUUGCAGGAUCUUGCUCACGAUAUGUGGGGCCAGCCGGCAUACAUGCGGCAUGUCCAAGCACAGAGCGAGCAUACUGAACAUGCUAGGCAAAUUUGGGGUUCCAUUUUGAGAGCCACUGGGUUCUCUCCUUCCUUUGUUGAAUGGUGGCCCCAUAACUCUCAUGUUGUCCAUGGCACCGUUUCAACUAUUCCGCUGGUCCCACCGGAGUUUGCAGUUGUGCUGAAUAUUUAUGAGUCAAUGGUGAUGGCCUUUCGAGCUUUUGAAAAGGAACUGCACCAAGCUUCUCGUGCGUAUGCUAGGCAGCGGCGGGAUAUGGACCCCAAUGUGAUUUUCCACGAUUUGAAAACCUUUCAAAAUCGAGGCAUCAAUGUCCUGCUCAAACCGCAGCAGGCACAAGUUGAGCAGGUACACCCUCAAACAUUGGAAAUCGUUUUGGAUAAGCCAGUUGCCUUUGACCUCAGCAAACCUGUUUUCUGCUCUGGGGCGCAGCUUGACAUCAUACAUGCUGAGGCAGAUGCGCUGUGGGUCAGCCAGGUAGAUUCAAUUGAAGUUGGUUCCACUGUUUCACAACUGCAAUGCAAAGGAACUGACGAAGAGCUUUUCAAGAUGUUCCUUGAAACAUGGAAGGUGAUGUGGGAUCGUCAUCGUGAGGUUUCACCAGGACGUUGGGAUGUCAUUUUGCAAUUUGCUCGUGACAAGCUCAGGCGUCAAUCUUUGUCUUGGCCAGCCAUUGAUGUCAAUGCACUUGCGUACUGCAUCCAGCACAAACGCAAGACCACGUCUGGGGGGCUAGAUGGCGUGUCCCUGCACGACCUGCAAGCGUUACCGGUUGCUGCCCUCCAAAACUUCAUCUACAUGUUUGAACAAGCUGAAGACGAAGGCCUGUGGCCAGCCCAGGUUAUCGCCGGCCGUGUCUCCUGCUUAGCCAAAACUGCUGAACCCCAGCAUGCUUUAGAUUUUCGACCCAUAACCAUCUUUAGCAUCCUCUACCGUUGCUGGGGCACCUUUCAUGCGAGGCAUGCGAUCCGUGCCAUUGACCAGCUCUUGACUUGCUUCUUGACCAGCGUAAGACGCAUGUCUGGUCUGUCUCAGCUGAUGGUAGGCGCGUUGAAAGGGCUCAAGUCAGAUGCGGCGGGGGCCAAUGCUACGGUUCACCUUGGCCUAAUCGAGGACCCCACCAAUGACCCGCAGGGUGGUCCCUUGCGCCUACCACCCAACAUGAGUGGAACAGCUAUUUUGCCCAGCUUGCAUGAGGGUUCUGCUACGAAUUUCCUGCAGGAAUGGUGUUUUAGGCACAACGCGCUGGCAGAUAAGCAAGCUGUCAGAGCGAAUUUCCAUAGGCCACAACAUUUCUGGGAGCUUUUUGAUCGACAUGUUUGUGCCUGCAUCAACAUUACUGAGAUCAAUCGCAUCAUCCAGAGAGUUUUGCUUACCAUUAGCAGGGAGGUUGUACGCCAGGAAAGUCCUAUGCAGGAUGACCAGAUGCCACAAGAUGCCACAUUGCCUCCGCCUCAGGUUUGGAGACCGAUUCCGACGUUUCACCCACCUGACAAGGCGAUUCGAUGGUACGGUGACCCGUUGGUAAGAACCAUAGCCAGCUGGUUUUGGCAAGUGGUGCAUGGUAGCAGAGAAGAUUUGAUUUGGGUUUCACAUUUUCAGCUCUAUGUGGACUUCAUGUUGACGACGGGUGAGCCCGGGCCGGUGCACCAGUCCAAGUGGAGAAACGGCAAGGACAUCCAGGGCAUCCGCCUCCUGGGGUUUUCCUUUCGCCAGAGAGCACGUUGGUUCACAAAAUGUUGGAAAGAAAUUUUGAGACAUGCUGGAAUUCAGGUUGAAUUUGCAUACGGCAAACCGUUUUCACAAGUGGUGCAAAUGUAUACAGGCUGUGCAGCCCUACCGUGGCCUUUGGAGAGACUUUCAAUUGCUGAUGAGUGGAUGCUCAGCAAGUGUCACACCACAUUUCGAAGACAGGUCCAACGGGUCCAGGUGGGCGUGGCGCCACGGCGCUUGGCGUCGUGGAUCGUCAAUGGUCUCCCGGCCGACCAGCUUGAUAAGCCGCACAAGUGGGUGCCAGCUGAGCAGUGUGCCUUUGUGAAUCCGCCCGUGGUGCCGUAUUACUGGGAUCCCUCUUGCAACAGCAACAGAGUCUCUUUGGGCUGUUGGGCGGAUGGAGUUCACAACGAGUGCCGUUUCUGUGGGGAAGAGCCUUACACGGGAAUUCACUGCCCUUCCGAUGCCAUCGUGCCAUCCCACAAGAAGUGUGAGUUCGACAAUCCACCGAUCAAUACCUACUAUUGGGAGCCCGAAUGCACCAAUGGCACCUUAGGCUGUUUGGCGGAUGGCAAAAAUUGGGGUUGUCGCUGGUGUGGCUUUGGAGAUUACUCAUCUGUGACAUGCCCGUCGUCAACGUGCACAUUCGACAAUGAGCCGGUCACACCCUACUAUUGGGAUUCUCUGUGUGAGAUGGGUAUGCUCGGAUGUAAUGCUGAUGGAAUCCAUGUGCAAUGCCGAUUUUGUGAUCACAAGCCCUUCAACUCCGUGCACUGUCCUCCCUCCGCGCGACCGAACUACCAAGACGGUGAAUGCUGGUUUCCGCAGGGGACAGCUCAAAGCUACAAGUGGGACAAGAAAUGCAUGUGGGGAAUCCUCGGUCGCUUGGCAGUGCCGCGCCGUUGCGUCGGUAUUGUGUUUCUCAAAAUGGGGACCACGGGUUUCGGGAACAUGUGGAUAUUUUGA